AUGUCUGGUGUUGAGAUAGCUGGCCUUGUGCUCGGCUGCCUACCUCUGCUCAUACAAGGUAUUGAGUCGUAUAAUGAGGGUCUCGACCCUAUCAAAAGUUUCAUGAGAUGGGACAAAGAGCUCCCUCAAUGCAUCCGAAAGCUACGAAAUCAGCAUGUACACUAUGAGCAAACAAUCCGAAUCCUUCUCGAACCCAUAACCGCCGAAUCCGAGUUCGCGGAGCUGAUGACGGACCCUGGAAGAUCACAAUUGUGGAAAGAUAAAGAUAUGACCCUGAGACUCAAAGAUAGGCUACAGGAAUCGUAUCAUGCAUACCAAGGAACGAUUGUAGACAUUGAGCGCAUUACAAGGCAGAUCGCAAGUAAGCUGGACUUGGAUCGUGCGAAUGAGCUAAAGCGAAAUGACCUCGAAGCACUCCUCGCAGCCAAUCCCAAGACGAAGAACGAGAAGUUCGAGUUUAAGAAACGGAUAAGAUUCGGCAUGAGCAAGAAGACUAUCAAGGCGCUGCUCGAAGAGCUGAACGACUGUAAUCGCGAGCUUGAGCGAUUCACGGAAAAAAGUGAGAAGAUAGAAACGUAUCGCAAGGCUGCUAAACCAUCCUUUGCAACUCGUCUACAGCGCAUACAAGGCUAUGCUAAGAGCCUACACACAUCAUUGUACUGGUCCUGCACCUGCAAAGAUACUCACCGUACAAGCCUCCAGUUGGAUCCGAGAGGAAGUCUAUAUGCGUCAGGGAAAGGCAUGUCGAAUGCUGAGAAGACCUGUUUCAAGGUUUCGUUCUCUUCACUUGCAGCUGACGCGGAUGUAUCAUGGAAAUGGCAAGCCGCAGAGAUCAACGUAGACGACGAGGAAGACGACAAAAGCCUUGCGCCAGUAUCUUCCAAAAAGCCAAGGAUGACAAAGAGUGUGUCUUUCAGCUCCCCUCCGCCAUAUUCUGUGAGCGAUCCUGUUGUUGGCCCCACACAAUCUCUGCAAGAGGUAAAAGACAUAUGCGCAUCAAUACAGCAGCUUAAGUCUACGGAAUCGUGCAUAGGCCUGUCUCUUGAUGCCAAGAAAAGACUUCGAGGGGUAUACAUGAUCGACACGGCCGAGAAAUGGAACCCAGUCUCCGACAUGGUCUCUCUCGACGACCUCCUUAGCCGGCCCAUUAUGAAUGGUAGACGAGCAAAACUUAGCAGAAAGGAACGAUACAGCCUGGCUUUGACAUUGGCAUCAAGUGUACUCUACCUCAACUCAACUCCUUGGCUUACGAACGAGUGGGCUGCCAAAAACAUCAAAUUCCACCAGAUUGCGGCUGCUUCCAACGCCAUCGACAUCGAGCAUCCAUAUUUAACGCCUGUGACGACCGACCCUGUGGAUAGCCUGACAACCAAGACGAAAGCUCUCAGCUACCACAAUAAGAACACAGUCUUGCUCGCUCUUGCCGUGGCACUGCUAGAGCUGUAUUUUGGUACAACGGCAGAGAAGUACCAGGAGACGGAGCACGGUAUCUGUGAUCCAACACUCCAUCAAAACACGUGGUCACUAUGUGCUAUGGCGCAUCAAUGGGCGGCGGAGUCGCAGGACGAGCUGUCUGCCGCAUUCCGAGGCGCGGUCAGACACUGUUUGCGUUGCUUCAACGACCCCGGUGUCAGCCUGCAAGAUGCUGAAUUCCUACAGGCAGCCGCAGAGGGCAUUGUGUUGCCACUUCAAGAAGAGCUGCAUCAGUUCUUGGGUAGAAAUUCAACAUGA